UUGACCGAAGUGCAGAAGCUGUUGAGAGCAGACGCGACGCCGAGCUUUCUGUUUCUUUGCAGGUGAAGUGUACUCCAGUUUUCAGAGAAGAUUAUAUAAAGAGUGCAGAUCAUUUGUGCCCCUAAAACAUUGCUGCCGUACUUUAUUCGUCACCAUGAGCAACCAGCCAAGACGGAUCCGCCUAAAGCCGUGGCUGCUGGCUCAGGUAAAUAGUGGGAAAUACCCAGGUCUUCAUUGGCUGAGUAAGGACCGUCGGUUGUUUCAGGUCCCGUGGAGACAUGCAACACGCCAUUUGCCCACACUAGAAGAGGAAAACACUAUAUUCAAGGCUUGGGCACUGGAGACAGGAAAGUACCAGGAAGGAAUAGAUGAGCCUGAUCCAGCCAAAUGGAAGGCCAACCUGAGAUGUGCACUCAACAAGAGUCGCGAGUUCACUCUGAAGUAUGAUGGCACCAAGGCGACACCCAUGCAGCCAUACAAGAUUUAUGAAGUGUGCGAUCAGCCAGUAAGUGUAGAUGGAGGCGAGGAUGAUGAUGAAGAGGAGGAGCUACCAAACUUCGAGCACCUCUCUAUCAACCCUCGGAUCAGCGAGCCUCCAAGCUACCCUGCAUUUCCAGCCAACCAAGUCGAACCAUUAUUCCAGCCUGUUGCACCACCAGAUUUACCUGGCUUUUGCUCUAUAGCACCUACCAUGAAGCAGGAAGAGUACAUACUUAGGGAAAAUGCUCCAAACGGACUAAACAUGGAUUCUGGGAUUAUUGCACCACCGGCUGUGCCCAGUACUGUUGGUAUGCAAGGCACCAUUGUAGACAGUCCAAUGUCAGAGGUGCAACCUGAAGCAGAGAGCCAUGUGCAGUCAUGCAUUUCUGACCUACUUACCAGUCCACAUAUGCUGCCAUUAACAGACCUCGACAUUAAGUUCCAGUACCGAGGCCGCUCAGUCGGCUCUCUGACAGUAAGUAAUCCUCAGGGCUGUCGGCUUUAUUAUGGUAACUUUGCACCGACGCCAGAACAGGUGGAGCUGUUUGGGCCCGUCACACUACACCAGGUGCUGUUUCCUGGAACUGCUGAGAUCCAAAACGAGAAGCAGCGUUUUUACACUGAGCAUCUGCUAGACGUGAUGGACCGUGGUCUGAUCUUGGAGAUUCGAGGCCAAGACAUCUACGCUGUGCGUCUUUGCCAAUGCAAAGUGUUUUGGUCUGGGCCGGGCGUGCCCGAGGGGGGUCCACCUAACCCUAUGGAACGGGAGCGCAAAAUUAAUGUGUUCAGCCUCAACAAUUUCCUGCAGGGACUUAUACUGUACCAGAAAGGGGAGGCACCAACCCCUCCUCCCUUUGAAAUCUAUUUCUGCUUUGGAGAGGAUUGGCCUGACCAUAAACCUAAAGAAAAGAAGCUUAUAAUUGUCCAGGUGGUACCUGUGGUGGCAAGGAUCCUCACUGAGUUGUUUUCCGGCGAGCUCUCUUGGUCCACAGACAGUAUCCGUCUGCAGAUCUCCAACCCUGAUCUAAAAGACCAGACUGUGGAGCAAUUUAAGGAACUCCACAGACUUCUACAAAACCAACAUGCCCAGGCUUCAUGGCAUCAAAACAUCCACUAACUCACUGCGCUCGGUUACACCAUUGCUUCUUACUGAUUCAAGUGAUGAACACUUGCUGCAGAGUUUGCAAUACUGAACUUAAACCUAAAUGGUUGGACCACUCUUUUUUACACUCAAUUAUACCUAAUGUCUAAGUUCAGGGGAUUUCUAUAGUAAGUGCCUUAUGGAUUCUAUUGAGGGAUUGAAGGAUGCACUGCAGCCUGUGAUUUCACAUGAUACUGUGUGCAUGUCCGAGUAAAAGGUGGUGAUUUUAUAUUUGACAUUUGGUUUUCACUUAAGCCAUUAGCUGGAGGUCAUUUGAGUCUCUGGAUUUGGACAAAUUUGGACUGCAAUAUGCUUACAGUGCUGAUGCAAUGACAAAACAACCUCUUUGAACAUACCAAACUGAACAUAGCAAAAAUCAUUUACUAAUUUAAAGUAUUUAAGACUAUAGCACUAGUUUGAAGCAUUUAGGACUAUUACCCCUACUGAGCAACACUGCUCUCUGAACUCUUAAACACUUGCAAAUGUCUUAGUGUAAAAAACUUUAAAUGUGUAUGUAUUUUGUGCUUGUACAAUUCCUUGAACAUUGUUUCAAUAAAUACCACAGCAGUAUUUUAGAGUGCAGGCAUCACUAAUUGAUGCUCCUUGGUAACUCGGCUGUUUUGCCUGCCAAUGCUUUUUUCCUUUCUUUUUUUAAACGAGAACAUAUAGAAUUUUCAACAGUUUAAGUUAAAAUAUGCAUAGUCUUAUAUGAUAUGUGGACCAAAAAGCCAUAUGUUUAACUAUAUUAAAUUUAGUAUAUUAAAAAUGUAUGCAAAUUGAAGUGACUGGAUGGUGAUUGUGAGUCUGAAUAACUUGCCUUUAUAUAGAUGUACACUGAUCAGCCAUAACAUUAAAACCACCUCCUGGUUUCUAUACACACUGUCCAUUUUA